AUGCAAAAAAGUGGCAGUUAUAAAAGUGCUGCGGUGGUAAACAAUAACAACAAUAGCAAUAACUGUAUGACGGACAAUAAUAUCAGCGCGUCGCAUAGCGGUGCAGGUGGUCGGCGCAAUCGGUUUGCGCACCAGAACGGCACAGACAGCACUGUAUAUCUAGGACUCAAACAGGUGUCGGAUUUUUCAUAUUUCAAUGGUCGCCAAGACGAGAUAACCGCAGAUUCAAACUCCGACCCACAAAACUGCUGCACUUCUCGUAUUUCUUCUUCAUCAUCUUCGCCCUCUCCAACAUCAUCUUCGAAUCGAGAAGGCAGACGUCUCCGGGAUCUGGUUCGCAAGCACCAUGUAGCCGUAAAGGCUGCGAAUAUUUUAUUAAUGAAGCGGGAUAAUCAAAGUCAGGGCCAGACAUCCGUACCGGUGUCUUCAAACACAGCCAGUGUUAGAAGAGACAACUCUGUUAGAACAGAACAAAAAGCGUCCAAAGUUCUCGGAGUAGUCUUCAUGAUUUUCGUCGUCUGUUGGGCGCCGUUUUUCACCGUAAACAUCCUCACAGCUCUAUGUACAUCGUGUAAAUUUGAACCCACAUUAAUCACCGCCUUCGUUUGGCUGGGCUACGUCUCUUCCACUCUCAACCCCAUUAUCUAUACCAUCUUCAACAACAUAUUUCGCAUCACUUUCAUCAAACUGCUGUGUUGUCGGUAUCGCCUCCUGCACAGAGCCAACAAGAGAAACGCUAAUCUGCCAGGGAUCAGAAACGGCCUGCUAAAUUGUACAACUUUCUGCCCUGCACCUAUAUUCGAAGAAUCGCAUUGUUAA